AUCAGCACUUCCGGGUCGCCAUGUUGGUUUGGUGUGCCGUUACAUCAGUCCAGUGACAGAGCUGUCACUAUUAUGGGAAGAACCCUCUGACCACGAUGAAGCAGUGAGCUUUAACAAGCAGACACCCUUGAGAGCAUCAUGCUGGCCCGUCUUUUUCGGCUCCACGGCCUGCUGGUGGCCUCCCACCCGUGGGAGGUGAUCGUGGGGACCCUGGCCGUCACCAUCUGCCUCAUGAACAUGAACAGCUUCUCCACCAGCAGUCAGAUGUGCAGCUGGGAUAACUGCCCCAAGGUGAAAGAGGAAGUCCCCAGUAGUGAUAUCAUCAGUUUGACCAUCACUCGCUGCAUGGCCAUUAUUUAUAUCUACUUCCAGUUUAAGAACCUCUUACAGCUGGGAUCCAAAUAUAUUCUGGGUAUUGCCGGAUUGUUUACAGUAUUUUCUAGCUUUGUUUUUAGUACAGUGGUUAUCCACUUCUUUGGGAAAGAGCUGACAGGUCUGAAUGAAGCUCUGCCCUUCUUUCUCCUGCUCAUCGACCUUUCCAAAGCAUGCACGUUGGCUAAAUUUGCCCUCAGCUCCAACUCUCAGGAGGAGGUGAGGGAGAACAUAUCUAAAGGCAUGGCUAUCCUAGGCCCCACAUUCACCCUGGAUGCACUUGUUGAAUGUCUGGUUAUAGGAGUUGGCACCAUGUCAGGCGUUCCUCAGUUGGAGAUCAUGUGCUGUUUCGGCUGCAUGUCUGUUCUGGCCAACUACUUUGUCUUUAUGACCUUCUUCCCAGCGUGUGUCUCUCUAGUGCUGGAGCUAUCCAGGGAGAGUCGUGAAGGCCGGCCCAUCUGGCAGAUGAGCCACCUGGCUCAUGUUCUGGCUGAGGAAGAAGAUAACAAGCCCAAUCCUGUCACCCAAAGGGUUAAAAUCAUUAUGUCUCUUGGUUUGGCCUUGGUCCACGGCCUCACUCGCUUAACAGCCGAGCACGCAGCUCACAAUCGUACAGUAGAGGGGCCGAUGGAGAGGCUGGAAUCAGCCGGUACCGUGUGGCCUCAGAAAGUCACGAGCGUGGAACUGGAGCACGUGAUAACCCUCAGUCUGGCACUUCUUCUGGCUGUUAAAUACGUCUUCUUCGAGCAAGCGGACACAGAGUCCUCCCUGUCUCUCAGGAGUCCAAUCAACGCCGCCUCCCAGAUCCAGAAACCCCGCGCUGCAGAGGACUGCUGCAGGAGGGACCAGUCGGCUCCCAAACCCCAGAGAAGCUCAACCGACGUCUUAGCAACCAGUGCUUAUAGAUUUGCUGAUUUACAGCCUUGAUGUCUGAUUAAAAUCAAUCUUCAUCUAACUGGUUUCUCUUCUGCAGAAGUCACUAAAUCAAUGGAAGAGAAACACUGCGACUCAUUUUUGGAGGAGAGCUCUGCUCAGGCAGGCAGUGCUCCUCCAAGCUGUGGACCAGAACUGCGCUCAGUGGAGGAAUGUUUGGCCAUCCUCUCAGAUCCUCAGAGAGGUCCGAAAAUGCUGACGGAUGCCGAGGUGAUGAACCUGGUGAGCUUGUCUAAGAUCCAGAACUACAAACUGGAAGGAGUCCUGGAGACUCCAGAAAGGGGCGUGGCCAUUAGGCGGGAAAUGUUAUCGAGUAAACUGCCCGUCAGCUCUGCUCUGGCUUAUCUCCCCUACAAAGACUACGACUAUUCAAAGGUGAUGGGCGCCUGCUGUGAGAAUGUCAUCGGCUACAUGCCGGUGCCAGUGGGAGUGGCUGGCCCUCUGCUUUUGGACAAGCAGCAGUUCCACGUCCCCAUGGCGACCACCGAGGGCUGCCUGGUGGCCAGCACAAACAGAGGCUGCAGGGCGAUCUGGCUGAGCGGAGGCUGCAACAGCAGGAUCCUGGCCGACAGCAUGACCAGGGGUCCUGUGGUGAGGCUGCCCUCUGCAUGCCGGGCUGCAGAGGUCAAAAUCUGGCUGGAGACCUCGGAUGGAUUCAGCAUGGUCAAAGAAGCCUUCGAUGAAACCAGCAGGUUUGCUCGUCUGGAGAAGCUGUUGGUGUCUGUGGCUGGAAGAAACCUUUAUGUUCGCUUCCAGUCUCAGACGGGGGACGCCAUGGGCAUGAACAUGCUGUCUAAGGGGACGGAGCAGGCUCUGUCUCGAUUAAAGCAGCACUUUCCAGACAUUGAGGUUCUGUCCGUCAGCGGCAACUAUUGCACCGACAAGAAGUCUGCUGCUAUUAACUGGAUCUUAGGCCGGGGGAAGUCUGCAGUGUGUGAAGCCACCAUCCCUGCCAAAGUAGUCAAGGAGGUGUUGAAGAGCAGCACGGCGGCUCUGGUGGAUCUGAACAUCAGUAAGAACCUGGUGGGCUCAGCCAUGGCCGGGAGCAUUGGAGGCUUCAACGCUCACGCUGCAAACAUCGUAGCUGCCAUCUACAUCGCCUGUGGACAGGAUCCAGCUCAGACUGUGGGAAGCUCCAGCUGUAUCACUCAGAUGGAGGCCGCCGGUCCGAGUGGCGAGGACCUGUACAUCAGCUGCACCAUGCCCUCCAUAGAGCUUGGCACCGUGGGAGGAGGCACCAUCCUGCCGCCGCAGCAGGCCUGUCUGCAGAUGCUCGGCGUUACGAGCCCCAAGCAGCCGGGUGAGAACGCCUGCCAGCUGGCGCGUGUCGUCUGCGCCACCGUCCUGGCGGGGGAGCUCUCUCUGAUGGCCGCUCUGGCCGCCGGACAUCUCGUCAAAAGUCACAUGACUCACAACAGAUCUAAAACCAACCUAUCAGAGAUGGCUUUUCCAAAGCCUGAAACGACGGUCCCCAAACGCUGAAGCUUUUGAUUGGAGUUCAUUAAGCCGCUGAAAACACGGCCGUCAUCGUCCUGCUUCGAGCUCCGCCCACCUGACUGCAAAUUUCUGUUACCGUUACUAAUGUGCCAUUUAUCUACAUCCGCCAUAUUUAGCCGGAUCAAUCAAUCAACAGACUGAAUCUCUGAAAUGUUUGAACUGAUGAAAUGAUUCUGGUGCCUCUUGAUAAAGGCCAAACAAUGACUUCUGGGUAAUUAUCAGCACGGUUUGUAAACGUCAAAUCAGUCUGAAUUUAUCUCCCAAA